CUUCACUCUCUCACUCCUCUGUCUACAAUAUCUGUAGCCGCUAGGGUUUCAUAACUCCUUAUAAUAAAGAGAAGGCACUGUGCAGUGAGCUCCACGCGAGCACAAAUUCAAUUCAGAUCAAGGGCCCCUCUCUCUCUCUCUCGCUUCGUCGAGCGGGUUUCUCGAUUUCGGAUACACUUUAUUCGCUGAACAACUUCACGGUAUCUCAAAACCUAAUCCUAACCUAAGCGAAUGGAUCGGUACCAGAGGGUGGAGAAGCCGAGGCCGGAGACGCCGAUUAACGAGAAUGAGAUUCGCAUCACCACUCAGGGUAGGAUGAGGAACUACAUUACCUAUGCCACCACUCUGCUCCAGGAGAAAGGAUCCAAUGAAAUUGCUCUUAAAGCCAUGGGCAGAGCUAUAAACAAGACUGUGAUGAUUGCUGAAUUGAUUAAGAGAAGGAUUGUUGGCCUUCAUCAGAACACAUCAAUUGGUUCUACGGAUAUAACUGACACGUGGGAGCCACUAGAAGAGGGACUUCUUCCCCUGGAAACUACCCGCCAUGUAUCAGUUAUAACGAUUACUUUGUCCAAGAAGGAACUAGAUACAUCCUCCACGGGGUACCAACAGCCUAUUCCGGCUGAUCAAGUGAAGCCCUGGACUGAAUAUGAUUAUGAAGGAGAGGGCUCUCCUAGCAUGCGUGGUAGAGGACGUGGUGGUCGAGGAAGGGGCAGAGGAAGAGGGAGUUACAACAAUGGAGUUGUGGAGUACAAUGGAGAUGAUGGCUUGGAUGGUGGGAGAGGUUAUGGAGGCAGAGGUCGGGGUCAUGGAAGAAGCCGUGGCUACCGUGGGCGUGGAAGGGGGUAUGGUGGUGGGAGUAUGCAGCAGGAAUUCGGUGGUUAUAAUAAUAACUUUGGGAAUAACUAUGGGGGAGGGAUGACUCCUGCACAAGGCCGUGGACGCGGGCGUGGACGUGGCAGGGGCAGGGGCAGGGGCCGUGGUCGUGGUCGGGGUUUCAGAUCAGAUGGUCCAGUCCAGGCACAGCUGUCUGAGCCCUAGACACGGUAUAAAAUCCGGUUUAGGUUGCUGAAAGUUCUGGAUGCCUGCUCUACCGAUUUCAUAUCCAUGGGGUAAAAAGAAAAAGGAAAAAAAAAAGGGAUUUAACUAAUUAAUAUCUAGGCAUGUUUAGCCACAGCCAGCUGCCUCAUGUUUGGUAGGCAUGUUUUUGUAGUUUGAAAUAGGAUCAAAGCCAUAGGGUUUGAUAAAACCGUAAGUUAGGCUAAUUAUUAUUUAAUUGCUGACAGAACUUUUGCAAUAGUUUUUACACCUUAAUGGUUUAGAUAAUAAUAGGGCAGUGCAUUAUUUAAUUUCUCAUCAUUACAUUUCUUUGUUUCCUUGAAAUGGACUUUCUUAGUGUAUUGCUUUCUAA